CUUCUCCGUGGCUCUCACUCUCACUCUCCAGUCUCACGGUCGGAUUCUCAGUCAAGCCAAAACCAAGCCAAGCAUGGCGGCCACGACAGCCGUUGCCGUAGCGAGCAAAGCCAACGCCUCUUGCUUGCUCUUCAAGAAGCCGUUCCUCUUUAAACAUGCGCCUUACAGCAACAGCCUCUGUUUCAAGAACUUGAGGGUAGCGUCGUCGGUUAAGAGGUUGCUUACUUGUAGUGCUAUUUACAACCCCGAGGUUCAGAUCAAAGAGGCGGGUCCGCCCGAAACCCUAGACUACAGGCUCUUCUUCUCUGACAGUUCCGGCAAGAAGAUUUCCCCUUGGCAUGAUAUUCCAUUGCACUUGGGAAACGGUGUUUUCAACUUUAUUGUUGAAAUCCCCAAAGAAUCAAGUGCAAAGAUGGAGGUUGCCACUGAUGAGCCAUACACUCCCAUAAAGCAGGAUACAAAAAAGGGAAAGCUUCGAUACCAUCCAUACAAUAUAAAUUGGAAUUACGGAUUGCUUCCACAAACAUGGGAAGACCCAUCCUUUGCUAACUCUGAAGUUGAGGGGGCAUUGGGGGAUAAUGAUCCAGUUGAUGUCGUCGAGAUUGGUGAAAGUCAGAGAAAGAUUGGCCAAAUUCUUAAAGUCAAGCCCUUGGCGGCUUUGGCCAUGAUUGAUGAAGGUGAGCUUGACUGGAAGAUAGUUGCAAUUUCGUUGGACGAUCCAAGAGCUUCUCUUGUGAAUGACAUCGAUGAUAUUGAGAAGCAUUUCGCGGGAACUCUCACUGCAAUUAGGGAUUGGUUCAGAGACUACAAGAUUCCUGAUGGAAAACCAGCUACCAAGUUUGGUCUCGGAAACAAGGCAGCUAACAAGGAUUAUGCUCUUAAAGUCAUCGCUGAGACUAACGAGUCCUGGGCUAAACUUGUCAAGAGAUCGUUUCCUGCUGGAGAGCUUUCACUUGUGUAAAUACAUUGGCAAACUGCAAGUCGGUGUACUACAGUGUACCGUUUGGUGGCGGUCCGGGUAUGCUCUUAUGUUAAUGUCAGGUCAAUUUUCCCGAUCCCACCGUAAGGUAUUAUGUUAAGGCGGUCAUUUUUAUUUGCUUUUCAGUUUCAGUAAGUAAACAUUCUACUUGAUGGGAAAUUGAGAAAACUGACACUUGAAGCAAGUAAUAUAAGAAGUCAAUAGUGGAUCCCUCUCACGUGUGAUGCAUAGAUAUUGCGAUGCCCACGUGUUCUUUCUGGAAUCUGGACGGGAAUACUUAAGCGUUUGUUUAAGCCAA